AUGUUGCUCACCGACUUGGUGACACGGCUGCACGAGAUUUCCGCAACUUUGGCAACUAAGCUGACACUUUCGCAACUCAUCCAAUUCGUCAACCUCGCAAGCGACGUGUACAAGCGAGCAGACCGCGCGUUAAAUUUCACUUCGGAUGAUACUCGCAUACUUCCAUUCCUCAAGCUCGCCCUCGACCUAGACAUGGACUUGGCCGAUUACAAAGCACUUUGGAACCUGUCAUUCCCUUCCCUACCGUUCUCUUGGAUUGAUACUGGCGCCCUUAUUCGCUCGCACGGUCUUACCCACCACCUGACCACCAAGGUGCACGAGUUCUAUCUUACACCACCCAUCUCUGCCUGCCUUGUGUGCGACAGCCCUUCCAAGCGCAACCUCCACUUACGCCCCCGACGAGAAGGCUACGUGUAUGAUUUGGAUGGCAUCCACUCAGCGGAGUUUCACACCCGCGUUUGCUCAGGUACAGUGUUUGCCUUCACCUAA